CUUUUUCAGUUUAUUUCGAUGUGUGUACUUAAAUCCAUGAAUAUUAUAGCAUGGAUGUUGUUGACAAUUUAAUCUGCUAUAAUCUCAUAGCUUAAAGCAUUUGAUCUACUCGACCAGAAUUAACUUUCAACUUUGUAUUGUUUGAGGCUUGAAUGACUUAUCCUUAGAACUUAUUUACAAGGCGUUACCUGUGUAACAUUUGAUACAGCGCCAACUUGCCUUAACAAGGGAGUGAGAUCAAUCGGUACAUGUAUAAUAUAUUAUAAAUAAGUUGCGAUACAAAUAACAAGCAAUCAUAUCAAGAACAACAAACAAUUUCCAGGUAGGAAGAAUUUAAGAUGAGCAAAGACUUUGUCCAAAAUGAAAUUUAAACAUGUUCAACAUAAUUCAAUAGGAGAUCAGGUUUUGAGUGAAUCUGAAAGACAAGCUGUGAAAUUGAGUGAUGUUCAAAAGAGAAUUGAUGAUAAAGGGAUCUCACAAAUUGUAUUGGAGAGACGUAGAUCAUUGGAUAUGAUCAUACAUGCACAGAAAGAUAUGGAGAAACAUUUAUCAAAAAUAAACCAUCGUAAAGGAGAAAUAAUUCGUGAAAAGUAUGAAGCUCAAGAAUCACAUGGUAAUCGGUUUUAUACUAAAACUGUUGAAGAAACAAUACUUCCAGAAAACAACAGGAUUUGUCUUCCUGCUGAUAAAGCAAAAGCUCUUCUAAGAACCGUUCUUUCCGAUUCACAGGCCCAGAGAGAAAUAAUGCUUAGAGAGACACAACACAGUAAUCAAACUGACAAUCCCUCCAAUCAAGAAUACAAAGAGCUAGAAGAUGCUCCCCUUGAGGAAAGUUCUUCUAAAAUUGGACACAAUGAUGCAGAUGUUCACGACAACAAUAUGGUAAAUUAUAAUGGUGAAACCAACAAUACCAAUAAUGAUAACUGUGGCACAUAUGUUACUCAUAUGACCAAGGAUGACAAGUCAUGCGUGUCUCAACUUACUGAACCAAACAGGCUGACUGUCGAUGAACCAAACAAGGAUGAUGAUAAUGAUUCACAUUAUGAAGUUGUCCACUCACAUGUGCCACAUUCAUUGCCCAGUUACAAACACUUACACCCUGGAAAGAGCCAUAAGAAUGUUCAUGUACACUUUGGUGAUUCGGAAACCAUUGAGAUUAAUACGAUUGAACUCGAGGAGGAUGAUGAUGCACAAAUCAAAGAGGAAAAUUCAACUAAACAUUGUGCAGAAAACUCAAAUAUAACCAGAGCUCAUGUUCCACAUCCACCAAAAGGCAUCCAUGCCCAACAUAAAAGUCGGAUGAAGAAGCAUGGGAGUGACAAUAAAGAUGGACAUUCAGCCAACGAACAAGGUACGCAUCAUCAUAGACUUGGAACUGAGAAUGUUGAGCAUUUGCCUCUUGUACAAGAAGUUCCAAUGAUUCAAAUCAGUCAGACUAAUGAACAACAAAGAAUGGGACAUUUAAACAACCGUAGACUUUCCAUAUCUAAUCCAUCAUCUCCAAAUUUUGACAUGGAUGGUCACGGCUUAGGUCGAAGAAGAAGUGGAACAUGGCCUAAGAAACCAGAAAAUUAUGAUGACCUCAAAAAUCGUGUGCUCCAAAAGAAAACUUUUUCAUUUAGCCCAAAUGCAUCUAAUGAGUCUCUAUCCAGUCAACGGUCUCCGAGAUCUCCAUUAGCCAAUGUGCCUAACCUCAGAACAACUUUAACACCAAGCAUAGUGGACUCGACAGACAGCCUCCAUGGAGAGAGUAAUAGACCUUCUGAAAGAUUAUUAAAUCGCAGAGUUUCUUUACCACUCAAUUCCCUUUCAAGAUGUCAACUUUUACAACCACCUGAGUUAUCUAAGAGAAGGACAUCAAUGUCUUCCUCUGAGAACAUCGACCUGCUCGCUGGCAGCUCAGAAAAACUACAUUCAGCUCAACCAGAUAAACCCCCCUUAACAAGGAAAAAUUCUGCCUCAUUUCAGACAAUGUCAACAUUCUUUAACUCCAUACGAGACAGAAGGAUGAGUGCAGACGAGACAAUGUUAGGAAACGGACAGAUCAAUGUGAAUAAGUCACCAAUUGGUAGCAAAGGCUCAUCAGAGAUGCACAAAUGGUUAGAAAUAGAAUCAAAAGGGCAAUUGAAGAAAAUGACCCAUAAGUCUAAAAAGAAAACUUGACCCUAUUAGGCCUGGAUAGGUGGGACAGAUAUUUUUCUUUCCCUUACAUUUUUUGUAAUUUUUAGAUAUGUUAUCUUGUUAUUGACAUUUUUGAGAAUUGUUUUGUUUUUAGAUAGUUUGUUAUAUCCAAUGUUACGUUUAUUAUGCAUAAUUAAAGUAUUUAUUCAUAUAUGUUUGUACUCCAUGUUAAAUAGGAAAUAAAAAGAAACAAUAAUAAAUUGUGAUACAUUUGCUCAAAUAUUGGUACUUUGAACGAAAAAAU